GUCAGUCUAUCAAAUCUAGAGAUUUUAGAAAAACGGGAAUCACCACUGUCAAUCCCGAGUGUGAAUGCGAACACGUGUUGUUGCUGUGGCUGACUAAAUCUUGGAGUGAUAUCAUGAAUGUUUAUUAUUAUUACGAGUACGUAACCCACAGUACUACUGCAAACCACACCGUAGGAAAGGCAAAGAACGCUGUGAUAGGAGCUGAGGAGGAGACGAUCGAUCUUUCCUGUCGACUCAGAACACUUGAAGUCCAUUUUAAACAAUAAACAACACGAACUGCCAACAUGAAGCUCUUGAAUUCCUCUGCGAGUAUGACCAUGAUGAUGGUUGGAAGUUCCUUGCUGCGCUCUGCCGUGGGUUUCGGCCCAGCGAGAUUCAGUGCGGUAGGUGCUGCUAACACCACCACUCAAAGAAGUCUUUUCAAUCGUCUUUUUGGUUCUGCCCCGAGCUCGGAGUAUCCAAUCAUGACCGGAGAAGAAACGAUGUGUCAAAAGGGUCACGGAACCAGUGAGAAACCAGUCCAAAAAGAUUUGAGGUGGAACUGUGAUUACGAAACCGCGGACAGAAUUUGCAACUUCAACCGCCAUUACGCAGAAUAUGCUGGAUAUUGGGAGUCCACUGCCUUCUUGAAAUCCGUGAAGGACGAAGAUUUGCCAAUCAAGUUUUACGACUCUGUCACCGGUGCCCACUUGUUCACAGCACCAAUUGGACGAAGCAUGGAAGACUUCGUCAAGGAAUCACGAGCGCAUGGAUGGCCUAGUUUCCGUGACCAAGAGGUAAACUGGGAAGGUGGUGUCCGAUGCUUGGCAAACGGAGAAUGUAUUAGUGAUACCGGAACGCACCUUGGACACAACCUACCUGACGGAUCUGGAAAUCGUUACUGCAUCAACCUUGUUAGCGUUGCCGGAUCUCCCGAAAAAUAAGAAUGAAUAGAGAAUCUCUAGUAUCUGUUCGACUGAGACUAAAAAUAUAACCUCUCACGUGUUGAAGGCGUACCCACUGUUUUAAAUCGUUAAGAAAUCCCGUUUAAUGUU